UAACUGGACUCCUUACUCAUAAAAGACAUGUAGUAAACGUUUCAUUAGAGAUUCAAAAUGCAAACGUGACAUUGUUCCUUAGCCGAAGAGCCUAAGAGAAUAUGCUUAGCCAAAUGUAGCUGACAAAUCCAAAUUUAGUUUAGUAUCUCGGUUCCUUUCUCUAUAAAUCAUAUCAAUUCUUUACCAUGACAGGCAAAAUUCAGGUCUUAGGAGGGGACGUAACGAGUGUUCUCCUAACAUGGAGAACAAACAUACGUUCCUGUGUGUUUGUGCUCUGUGGGCGGAGCAGGAAUCCCGAAAGCCCGGAACGAGGAAAACGCCACAAAACCUUUGAUAGACAGUCUGCGACAGGUGUGUUUGUUCAAGUUAAAGUUACUUCGUGUUGUGCUUUGGGUAGGCUAUUUAUGCACGAUGGCCGCAAUUUCGGUACUCUUUUUUUUGGAUUUUGUCCAAACCAAGUUUUGUUUAAUUUUUUCCGCUGUGUUUUUGACUCUAACCUACAUUUUAAAAUAUAAAUCUCCGAAAAACUUCCCACCAGGACCAUGGGCAUUGCCGUUUAUCGGUGACCUCCUUCGUAUUGAGCCUACAAAAAUUCAUUUUCAGUUGGCAAAGUUUGCUGAGCAAUAUGGUGACAUUUUUAGUAUCCAUUUGGGAACAAAGAUUGUUGUCCUAAAUGGCCUGAAACGAUUCAAGGAGGCCUUUAUUCAACAUGGUGAAAAUUUUGUGGAUCGGCCCUCAUUCCCAUUGGCUGAAGACAUCGUCCAUAACAAUGGUUUGGUUACCUCCAAUGGCUACGCGUGGAAGCAGCAGAGGAGGUUUGCUCUCAUGACGUUGAAGAACUUUGGAUUGGGCAAGAAGAGUCUUGAGCCUUCCAUCCAGGCAGAAACAAAAUGCCUGAGUGAGGCCUUGGGGAACGAACAAGGCCAACCAUUUGAUCCACAGUUUGUUAUCAACAACGCCGUCUCAAACGUUAUCUGUUGUCUGGUGUUUGGUGAUCGGUUUGAGUACACUGACAGACAAUUUCAAGAUCUGCUGAGGUUAAUAAAUGAAACCAUGUAUUUAGAAGGAAGCGGUUGGGCACAGCUAUACAACGCAUUUCCUCGGAUAAUGCGCAGGGUACCUGGUCCCCACAGAAAGAUAUUUGAACAUUGGGACAAAGUAAUCGCCUUUGCGAGGCUGAAAAUUAAGGAGCACAAGAAUGACUGGGACCCAUCAGCACCCAGAGACUAUAUUGACUGCUUCCUGGCUGAGAUGGAAAAGUGUAAAAAUGAUGUGGAUGCAGGGUUUAAUGAAGAGAACUUGUGUUUCUGCACUUUGGAUUUGUUUGUGGCUGGAACUGAGACCACAUCAACAACACUGAAUUGGGGCCUGUUGUUCAUGAUCAAAUACCCUGAUGUACAAGAAAAGGUGCAGGCAGAAAUAGACCAUGUGAUUGGGCAGUCACGGCUGCCCUCCGUGGCAGACAGACCCAACAUGCCCUACACUGAUGCUGUGAUCCACGAGAUUCAGAGGAUGGGAAACAUUUUACCCCUGAAUGUGGCCCGUAUGGCCACCAAAGACACACAAAUGGGAGAAUACAUCAUACCAAAGGGUACAAUGGUGAUAGCAACUUUAAUGUCUGUGCUCUUUGAUGAGAGUGAGUGGGAGACUCCACACACCUUUAAUCCAGGACAUUUCCUGGAUGCCGAAGGGAACUUCAGAAGACGAGAUGCCUUCAUGCCAUUUUCAGCAGGUAAGAGGGUGUGUCUGGGGGAGCAGCUGGCUCGGAUGGAGCUGUUCCUCUUCUUCACCUCUCUCCUCCAGAGGUUCACCUUCUCUCCUCCCCCUGGAGUGGAGCCUAGCCUGGAGUACAGAAUGGGAGUCACACACUGCCCCAAACCUUACAAGCUCUGUGUUGUCCCCCGCUGAGCACAGAGUGCUCCACAUCACAGAGGAAGCAACAGGGAUCAUAACACAUGGAAGUAGGAAGUCUUUGGGAUUUAGAAAAUAAUCAAACUUCCCCCGGGGAAUGGAUUAAGAGUAAUAUGCCUAUUAUGCGUAUUCUUAAAUAAUACGUUUUUAUCUUUCUGUAUUUAUCUUUGUUUAUUUCCUGUAUCAUGUUGUCUCGAUUUCCUUUGAUUAUGAAUUGUUUAAACCUUCCUCAUGUUCAGCUCGUGAUCCAUGUACAGUAUAUUCCCAACAAAAUCAAUUUCAACAAGUUGUUAAUGUUUCUUAAUUAGGUGCUUUUCAUGUUUUAGAGGGAAUAUUUAAUGCUUAAACCACAUUAGGUCAGAAAUAGCUACGCAUGCCAUGAAGAAUACAAUUCCAACGUCCUUUUGUGCUUACUGUGAUAAAUCGCAGGCCAGCAAUUACAAAUAAUAUGUCAGUUAACGACUUUUGUGUUCAUGACAGUACUGAGUUCAGUAUUUUCCUGCGUGUUUGUUCUGUAUGGGUGGAGCAAUAAUUCUGCAAGCUCUGCUUGAAAGAAACACCAAUAAACAUUGACCAGCCAA